AUGAAGGCUGCCGGCCUCAUCGCUGGGGUGUUGGCUCUGCUCCUGCUCUGUUCAUCUUGUGAAGCUAAGGUCAUUCUCGUCUCCCUGGAUGGAUUUCGAUGGGACUACAUAGAUAUUGCCAAAGAGAAGGGCACGAAUGUCAGCGCCUUCGAGGAGAUUGUAAAGGCCGGUUUCAGAGCCGAGGUCCAGAACGUCUUCAUAACCAUUACCUUCCCCACGCACUAUGCCAUCGCUACGGGGCGGUACGUGGAGAACCAUGGGCUCUACAAUAACCAGUUCAGAGACCCCAUAUUCAAGGAGUCUUUCUCCUACAAAAAUGCAACGCAACAAAUGGAUCCGAAAUGGCUUGAGUAUAACAACAAUGAGCCCAUCUGGCUGACCAAUCAAAGACACGGGAAUCGCAGUUGUGUCUUCUACUGGCCGGGAAGCAAUCAGCCCUAUAAGGAAAAGUACCCCUUCGCAACCAGUGGUCUCUACAGUGAUGCUCCCAGCUUUCAAUACCGCGUCGAUCGUCUGAUGGACUGGAUAACUCGCGAUGAGUUCACGUUUUGUGCCUUUUAUUUCAAUGAACCGGAUCAUUCUGGGCACGCUCACGGACCUGAUUCACAGGAGGUUCAGAAAGCAAUUGCGGAGGUCAAUGACGGAAUCGCCUACCUACUGCAAAGAAUUAAGUCGCAUCCCGCACUCAACGACAAGGUUAACCUAAUUGUCACGGCCGAUCAUGGAAUGGCGCAAAUACCAUUGGAAAACAGAAUCAAGCUGUACGACGCUGUUUCUCCCGAGAGUUACGACGGCAAUGUCUCGCCUCCCGUUGUUGGCCUUUGGCCGAAAGCACGUAAGCAAAUUUCGAAGCUGUUUCGCGGCUUAACAAUUCAAACAAAUUUGGCGAACCUAACUGUCUAUCGGAAGGAGACAAUUCCAGAAAAAUAUCACUACGGAAGAAGCUACCGAAUGCCACCCAUUUUAGCCGUCGCAGAUCUUGGAUAUCUAAUAAAGCUCAAACCAAAUUAUUUCACAGAAAAUCCUCCGCUUGGAAUGCAUGGUUACGAUAAUGAAUACCGCGAGAUGCAUCCAUUCCUCGUCGCGUACGGGCCGGGCAUAAAGCAUAUGGAGGGUAUUCAGAAAUACGAUCAGAUUGACAUCUACCCUCUGAUUUGCGGUCUUCUGGGCCUGCAAAGACCCAACGUCAUCGACGGACGCAUUGACCGAGCAGUACCCUUCAUGACUAAUCCACCAUCGGACGAAUUCAUCAAGACCUUUAAUCUAUAUGCAAGUGGAAUACGCACCGACUCCUAA